AUGUACUUGUGGCAAUGGGCCCAGCAGAGAAAAGGUUCUGUUCAUUUAUGCUGUCGAAAGCUUGAGAUUUUGGAAUCAUAUUAUUUGUCCGAUGCCUUUGACAUCUUGCGGUUGGUAGAUCUCCAGUGUAUAUGUGAGCUGAAGGUAAGAAAUUUAUGGAUAGAAGACAUGGUUCCUUUUGGACCAUACCUGGGACAGAUGAGAAACCUUCACACACUCAUGCUGGAACGCUUCAUGAAUACUUUCAGGAUCAUUGAGACUGAAGAGCUGGAAAAGGACGUGAUGAACACAUUGUUCUCACAGUUACCCAAAUGGCACUGCCUCCAGCAUCUCUACGUAGAUGAUAUUUAUGUUAUGGUUGGCAGCCUAGCAGAGUGGCUCGGGUGCCUGAAGAAGCCCCUGGAGACCCUGUCCAUCACUUUCUGUCACCUCAUACAGAGAGACCUGGAUUACCUGCCCCAGUGCCUGAACCUUUCUGGGCUCAAGCAUCUCUGCCUAAGUCAGAUGAUUCUCGAAGAGGGAUUGAAACCACUUGGAAAGCUCCUUGAGGGAGUCAAAGACACCUUGCAAACUCUGGAUUUGGAGAAAUGUUGGCUGGAGGAUUCUGCAUUUAGUGCUUUUGUGCCUGCCCUGAGCCAAUGCUCCCAGCUCCUCAGGAUCAAUUUUUUCAGUAAUAAACUGUCUCUGCCCCUCCUGAGGUGACUCCUUCACCACACAGCCAAACUGCACAAGCUAAUGGAGGAGCUAUACCCUGUCCCUCUGGAGUGCUAUGACGAUAGAGGCCUAGUGUUUCGAGAGACAUUUGACAAAAUAUGUUCUGAGCUUCUGGAUAUACUCAGGUGUGAAAGACAGCCCAAGGCAGUCAGGUUUGUGUCCACCAUCUGCCCUACAUGUUAUCAGUGCUUUGUCUACGGCCUGGACAGCGGACAUCAUUGCCUUUGCGGGUCAUAA